UCCAUAGAGGAAGAGUGAGGCUUCGUGGAGCUCUUGCUCUGCUUCUGCUCUUGUGCAUCCAUGGAGGCCAUCAAGGAGCAGAUGCCAGGGGAGACGGGUUCGUGAGGGUCCAGGGCUACCGCUUUGUGCUCAACGGCAACCCGUUCUUCGCCAACGGGUUCAACGCCUGCUGGCUCAUGUCCUUCGGCGCCGACCCUGCCCAAAGGGGCAAGGUCACCUCGGCGCUCAGCCAGGCCGCCGGCGCCGGCCUCACCGUGACCAGGACGUGGGCGUUCAGCGACGGUGGCAGCAAUGCCCUGCAGUACUCCCCCGGCCGCUACAACGAGACCACCUUCCAGGGGUUGGAUUUCGUUCUAUCUGAGGCUAGGAAGCAUGGGAUUAAGAUGAUACUGAGCCUUGUGAACAGCUACGACAGCUUUGGAGGGAGGAAGCAUUGCAAUUCAGGAGCUUUCAGAUUCCUACUUCGCUUUCUUGGUGUGGAAAGCUUUGUGCACCUGUUCCGUGGAUCAUCACGACGACGCCUCGGAAAAGCUGAGGGACUACCACCAGAAGAACCAGGCGGCGCAUCAUCCCGCUGUUUUAUUCGCCUGGUGCGCAAGGCUAGUGCUACGUGUUUUGCGCCUAGCUCUCCUGAUGCUGUUGUUGCAAUUCAGGAGCUUUCAGAUUCCUGCUUCGCUUUCUUGGUGUGGAAUGCUUUGCGCACCUGUUCCAUGGAUCAUCACGAUGACGAUGAGCAUUUUGCUCCUAAACUAAUUUCUUUGAAUAACAUGCCCGCAUCUAUUAUCUAAGAUGUGCACGUCCAAAUACCUCUCUCUCUCUUUCUCUCUGUCUGCAUGCACAAUGCUUGCUUUACUAUCCUGAUGAUCGGUGUGUUUAUAUUUACUGCAGCCUCGAAUGUUGAGGGACUACCACCAGGAUGGGGAAGAACCAGGCGACACUUCAUGCCGCUGUUUUAUUCGCCUGGUGUGCAAGGCCAGUGCUACGUGCUUUGCGCCCAGCUCUCCUGAUGCCGUUGUUGCAAUUCAGGAGCUUUUAGAUUCCUGCUUUGCUUUCUUGGUGUGGAAAGCUCUGCGCACUUGUUCCGUGGAUCAUCAUGACGACAGUGAAGCAUUUGGCUCCUAAACUAAUUCCUUUGAGCAACAUGCCCGCAUCUAUUAUCUAAGAUCCUUGAAAAAGUUGAGGGACUACCACUAGAAUGGGGAAGAACCAGGCGGUGCUUCACCCCGCUGUUUCAUUCGCCUAGUGCGCAAGGCCGGUGCUACGUGCUUUGCGCCCACCUCUCCUGAUGCCGAUGUUGCAAUUCAAGAGCUUUCGGAUUCCUGCUUUGCUUUCUUGAUGUGCAAAUCUUUGUGCACCUGUUCUGUGUGGAUCAUCACGAUGACGGCUACGGAGACGGAGGCAAGCCAAUGGGCGGCGUCAGCCCAGUCCUCUCUUCACGCGCUGAUCGUCCAGAGAAGACUGUCCUUAUCUAGAAUCCUAUCAACCGUCAUCAGAACUUGCUAUUAUCUAUAGACUAUAAGCUAGUAUAGCUAUUGAUAUUAUGUAGAGUACGUGUCGUAAGAGUCGUUUAUUGGCCUGAAGGCCGUGCAACUAUUGGGCCGUCCGUCGGCAUGUGAUGGCAUAAAGACUAAGAACGCAACGAAAAACAUGAACCCUAAUCUCCUGACCC